GAAAAUGAUGCUGCUGGCAAACAGGAACACAUGAAAAACACACACGGCUGACAAUUAUAAGUGUGAAAUAUGCAAUAAAAGCUAUGUACGGGAGGUUGCCUGGAAGCAGCAUCUAACCUGCUAUCAUCUGGACGAAAGUGGGGCCGCCAAGAGGCCAAAGCCUGGGAAAAAAAUCCAUGUUUGCCAGUACUGUGAUAAACAGUUUGAUCAUUUUGGCCAUUUUAAGGAGCAUCUGCGGAAACAUACAGGAGAAAAACCAUUUGAAUGUCCAAACUGUCAUGAGCAUUUUGCCAGGAACAGUACUCUUAAAUGUCACUUAUCGGCAUGCCAGUAUGGAGUUGGAGCUAAGAAGGGAAGGAAGAAGCUGUAUGAAUGUCAGGUUUGCAACAGCGUCUUCAAUUGCUGGGACCAGUUUAAAGACCACCUGGUUCUUCAUACAG